AUGUCUCUUGCGCGCAGCGAUACCUUUGGCGAGCACGUCUACAUUCCCCCGACCGACGACGACGAUGACUCUCCCGAUCAGACCUCCUCUUGCGAACCAACUCACAAUCAACCCACUGCUCCACGCUACAUGCAUCGCAUGCUACGUGCCUACCAUGCCAGUCCUACCGGCGAGACAACUGCCCUGAAGAAGCCCGAUUCGUUCCACAGUCUUACGCACUGGUUUGUACUAUACGUCUACGCCGUGAAUGGCCGCGACGAUAACUAUCUCGGCCCUAAGAAUGACACUACUGAGUCAUUCUCUAGACCCGACGAAAAUCUACAGAACAUAUGUAUGGAUGCCAUCCGCGAGUACUUUCGCUUGCGAAACCUUGCCGCAACCCCCUUCCGUAUCGAGUAUCUGUAUAAGUCUCUGCCCAAUGGUGAAGGUGACCUUAUGAAGAAGUUCCUGCUCCAGACCGUUGCCUGGAGACUUACCAAGGAAGGUCCAUCCACUGGAUUCAAGUCGGCCCCUCCUGAACCCCUCUCUAUCUGGGUAAAGGAGAACACGGCCAGCAAUGCGCGAAGCCUUUCUCCAAGCUUCUUACAUAUGCUCGACAGGAAUCAUGAUAUCUGCCGAGAUUUCUGUAUUGUCAUGUCCAAUGUUUCGAUCGUUGGCCGAGACGCUAUGAAGGAUGCUAGACAGGGCCCAACGGAGAAGUGGCAUGUGGGAAGUGUUCAAGCGUCCGAUGGAGGUGUCAAGAUGCAGCGAGAGAGCUCCAAGGAUUCAGGUUAUGGUGAUGAGAUGAAUGAGAUGAAAGAGGCUACCGAAAACUUGAGGAAUAUCUCGCUUGGUUCCUCGGUCGCCGCUGGUGCCUGA